AUGGGGUAUUCGGGGACACUGUCUUCUCUCUCUGGAGGUCUCCAAGGCACCGUGACUGUCGUCGACUCGACUACUCUCAUGAUUAGCAACUACGAGCUUCAAGAUGCCUCAGCACCGGCCCUAUACUGGUGGGGAACAACGGAUGGGGUGCUGAAGGACGGAUUCCGCAUUUCAAACGACCAUAUCACGAUGGCUACGACGAAGCCCACCGACAUGACUAUCAAGCUGGAUGCGGGAAAAACGACUGCGGACUUCAGCACUGUUGGUCUUUGGUGUGAACACUUCGGAAUUAACUUCGGCCAAGCUACCCUCAAGGACAAUGGCGGAAGUAACUCUACGACGGCUUCCACGGUUUCAGCAGCCACUGCGUCUGCAUCCGCAUCUGCAUCUAAAAGUGCAGCAGCUGGAAUGGUAGGCCCUACUUCCUUUGGGGGAUUAGCUGGAGUUGUAGUGAGCGGUUUGCUACUUUCCAUGGCUAUGUGCUAA